CAUCAUGGCCGUUCUCAACUGCGGAGACUUGACCGACAUGUGCAGCAGUAGUGCGCAUGCGCACUGGCGGAGGUGUUCUGACGAGGCCCUCAGUAACCACUUGGUUUGAAUGCUUAAUUCACCCACACCCCUGUAUCCCAUCCAACUCACCUUUGCACCUCGAUCGUCUCCCGUCAUUUGGGUGAGGUGGAGGGGGAGAGGGGAAGACUUGGUCACGUGACCAGACCUAUCCCAUUUCGGGCCAAGGGUCGUCGCAUCAGACAGCAGCACCGCCGUGAAGUAGAAGCCACGUCUGCGCAUCCUCCUCCUGUCCGGAUGGCUUUUUGAGACGAGGAACGGGCGAGGACAUUUCAUUUACCGCAACGUAAAAACAACGUGAAGAAAACGUAGAUUCAAGUUCCGUACUAAUAUUGUGUUCGGGCGUCGCUGUGCAGUUUGUUCACGUUCCUGAUGGAACCGAGUGAGGCGACGGCCAUGUUCGGCAGUGGUGACACCUGGAGGGCUAGGUAGGGAAGAAUUUCAAAUGAAGACGUCACAGCAGAUUGCUGAACAAACACAGAAGUGAGGAAAAAUUUCUUUUUACAAACCCAAACCAUAAGACGCAGGGAAACAAAACCUGAAAAGACAGUGAGAUGAUUAUUUUAAGCUCGUCGGAACUCACCAUGCGCUUACCAUUGUGGAUAGCCAUCUUGGUAUUCUCGCAGACGCUGUCACAAUCAUUGUCUGAGGACAAAGCAGUGAACCAGUUCCGGACGUCAGCAUGCUAUGGCAACAUCAACAACUUCCUGAAGGUCGGGUGUCCACUGCACAUGAAGGUAAAAAUUACAGAGGUGGGCAACGGCGCCAAGCUUCUGACCCAGCAGUGCCCUCUACCGGCCGACGACUCCAACUACCGGGCGGAGUGUUGCAGCUACGUGGAGGGCGACUGCUACAUCCCGUCACGUAACGCCUUCCCCACCGAGUGCCAGAACGUCAACAACUGCCAGCCACGUGCCACGUGGGCCGACACGUCCAAGGACUGCAACACCAAUGACUUUCCGCCGCAGACUCAUUACAUGGAGAUCACGUACACGUGCGUGGCAGACAAAACGACUCUAGUAACGACUGUCACAACGCAGACGACGUCGCCAACAACCACGAUGGACAAUACCACUACCACCACCAUCACCACCACCCACCACCACCACGUCCACCGACAGCAUUGCCGUCAACAACGUGGCUGCAGUCCUGCCCCCCAACACCGGGGCACACGCAAUGGCCGGCGGUCAGGAACUUCUCGUCCUCCACCAUCGCCACCGUCCCCACCUACCACAUCGCCGUGCGGGAGACAGCAUCCAGCAUGGACUCGUUUACACCUGCAAUGGUUGGCGGGAUGAUUGCAGGAAUCGCUGGACUUCUGCUCACAAUUUUCAUCUUCAUCUUCUACUGGGGAAGGAAGCGCCAGAUUCGCAUCUCAGGCAAGGCCCAGAACACGGUGUGGGACUUCCUGUUGUCCAACUCCAUGUCCGUGCGGGCUUUCCGCGGCUACGACAACUUCAGCAGCGCCCGGAGCUCCGUCAGCUCGGAGGACGGCUCCCCCGUCAUCAGGAAGACUGUCUGGCUCCCCAACAUCUCCGUCGACAGCGGCCAUGGAGACACCAUCACGUCCGACGACAACUGCAGUGUUCGUCACCAUCGAGCGGGUGCCGCAGAACAGGCUGUGAGUCCACGGAAGGGAGGAUACAUGACACGGGGGGCUGGCAGUCUGUCACGACCGAUGAGUACCCAGUCCCGUUAUGUCGUCAGAUGUUAGGUCUCGGCGAGCCCUUGCAAAGUCAGACAUCUUUCCUUCCUCAGAAAGUUGUGAAUGGACUGAACAUUUUACUGUCAACAGUAUACUUAAAUGUUUUGCUUAGUGAUUUUUUUUUUCUUUCUUUUCGGCAAAAGUCAUUGGUGACCACCCACUAAGAGCAAAACAUAACCGACCAUCAAAAUUGAGGUUUUGUACCUCCGUCAACGCGAGAGCUAAUGUCGUCUGCCUUUCCUCUUUGUGUUGAUAAUGAAACCGGAAGCUUAGUUGCAAAAGCCUCGUUCUAGAGUUGGCGCGGACAUGUCUGACAGCAGUCCAUUCCACAAAAUGUCUUUGUGAGUCGAUGACAGAGAGAUGAUAACUGUUGUCAGCUGUGGUGGCUGACCGUUGCCACAAAAUAGCCCUAAAGAUCACAUCGAGGUUUUCCUCAGUGUUUGCAUCUUCAUCACGAACGAAUGUUGGUUUGGUUGGCUGUUUACAUUGUUGUUUGACAAAAUAAGUUUUCUCUUUCUCUCCUGUAAUGUUAGCAUUGUGACUUUUUUGUGCACUUCCAAUGUUUCUCAAUGAUCAUGUGUGUGUGUACGUGGGUGUGCGCCUAGUUGUAAGAGUGAUUGGCUGUAAACAUCUGUUUCUUCAUUCAUCCCUCUUUCUAUCCUUUUAUCUAAGCUUGGAUUCUUCACCUCGCCACCAUAGUUGUUCAUUUCUUUCGAUCGCUUUUACUUAAACAUUUUUCAAGUCCUUUCUUUAAUUACCUUUUUUCUUUCUCUUAAUCCAUUCUCAUUUAUCACUGACAUAUUAUAUUGACCAAUACUGAACGCUGUUAUUACUGAAGGACUAACAACAUCCCAGCCCACACACAUCUCUGUGAAUAUCCUAGUCUGAAAUUACGAAAUGUAAUUUAAACAUGGACAGUUAUAGUGAAAGCCAUCAUUUCAGUUUGGUUUUAAUGCUUUUCAGCCAUGACAAGUUCACCUGACUCCUGUUUGUAAAUUUAAAAAAAUUUUCCUAAUUGAAUAUGUAAUUCAUUUGAGUGAUUUCUUUAUUAAACAUGUUUACUUUAUGUUAAUAUGACAAUAAAUGUAAAUAAAACAUAUCUUUAAUGAAAAUGAUCUUGUUUGCAUAGCUUGAAUUCAUAAAUCUUUUUGACGAAUAAAAGCAUUUCUUUUGAUCGUGUUUUAUGCUAGAAUUUUAAACAUAAACAAAGCCUCAACGAGACAGAUGCAUAUAAGCUCUACUUACACAAGGAAUGUCAGGAUAAGGAGAGGUGCAUUUCUUUACAAUAUCAAAUGAACCAUGAGAGGCGUUUGUCUUGCCAUUCAAAAUGUUGAUGAGACGAGAAUGUUCCACAGGUUGGGAAUGUCAAGCCAUGGUGGAACAGCUUCAUAGUUUGACAACAUUCCUUUAUACAUAUAGAAUAUCUUGAGCCAUUUCUUCUUUUUUUCUUACAUUUGCUGUUUAUAGAUGUGAUGGGUAUAUAGUUAGGGGUAGUGUCUGCUGUUUGCAUGUUUAAAGAAGUCAUUUUAAAUGGAUGUAUGUCUUGGUUAAAUGUCUACAGCAAGUCUAUCAAGUGCUGUAUACUUUGAUUAGUUAUUCAGACCCUCGGAGGAGAAAGGAUUUUAUUGUGCUAAGGUUUCAAUUAAUCUUUUUUCGUCUCUCUUUCUCUUAUCCUAGAUUGUUGCUGUUCUAGUUUAUAAGUUGAGAUGGUAUAUGAGUGUUGUGGUGAAGGUGUGUGAUUGGGGUGAAAGGAACUCAAAAUUAUUGUAAGAUAAUGUAAGGAUAGUGUGACAUUGUAAGAUUUGGAGUACAAACAGCUAAGUUUUGCUUUGAUAGCCAAUGGCUGUUAAAAUGCUUUCUUUUUAAAGAUGUAAUGAUGAAUGUGUGUGUUCACAAAUACUGUGUUUUGAGGUGUAUAUAUCUAUAUGCAUGUCUAGAGUUCCUGAAAACUCGUGUGUAUGUCUAGAAGUUGAAGAUAACAUUGCUUAUUACUGGAUUGUAUAUAAAGCAGUUAAAAAAAA